AUGCCAGAUGGGAAACCAGCUGCAGCGCUAAGCACUGGUUUAAUGAUCUUCAUGUUUCUUCUAUUCAUUCUCAACUUCAUUUUUAACAUCAACGCACACAUAGCCCUCAAGCCGAACGCUUUGUUUCAAUUGAACUUGAACAGCAUUUCGAUGUAUCCAUUGGGUCAUGUUUCGUUCGUGCAUCUUCUUAUGAACUCGAUAUCACUUUACGGGCCAUUGACUAUAUUCGAAAGAAGCCACGGUACCGUUCAUACCGGUGUGAUACUCAAUCUUUUGGCGGUUUUCACAGCAAUUCCUUACUGUCUAUUAGGAUCGUUGUUCUUUUCAAAAACUGAGGUUAUCGGAAGCAGCGGAUGGUGUUUCUCACUAUUGGCGUAUUUCAGUUUCAAAGAAUCCAUUAUUCGUCCUCAGCAGCGGAUUUUCAACGACUAUUCGCUACCGACACGCUACAUUCCUCUGGUGGUAUUAUUGAUUGUCACCAUUUUCUUCCCGGCUUCAAGUUUUUGGGGUCAUUCAAUCGCGCUGCUGUGGGGUUACGCAUUGGGCUCAAAGGAGGUUUAUGCUGCAAAAUUGGUCCCACCAAGUUCAUUAAUCCAGAAAAUCGAGUCCAAGCUCGACCGCGCAAUUGCAGCGAUUCCCUUGGGAGUAAAGUUCUACAGAGAGGUGGAUGCAAACAGAUCCGAAUCGUACACUUCGCUCUUGGGCGAGGAAAGUGUUUUGCCGCUUCAUUCAGCACCACAACACCCAAGUUUCCAAGGCGAAGGUCGUCCUUUGGGUGCUUGA